GGGCAUUUGACUGCAGUUUUUCCUACCAACUGCUGGGAGGGAAAGGAAAGUCCCUGCUGACAGGAGAGAGUAUUGGAUAGCUGUUGUGUUAAUGCAUUUGUGUUUAUACAUAUGUUGGGGAGGGGGUGUAAAGCUGAUCCCUGAUAUAGUAAAGCGGGAGGGGACUCACCUGUCAAAACGAAAACUUACCGGUUUAAAACCAUCACUGUUGGCCUCGGUGUCUACUACUGUCAGUUUGCUGCUGUGGAAUGAUGUUAUCACCAGUUAUUUGCUAGCGCUUGCGGUUAUUAUUCCGAAAAGGCAACUUUAAAUUACUCUGCAGUAAUCAUACGUGCUCGUAAGAUUUCAUCUACCGGUUCACGAUUUGACAUUGUUACCAGUAUUAACCUUGGAUUUCUGGUUUGAAUCGAUUUACACUGUUUGGAAGUUUUGGCUCCGUUCGUGUUGGUACUUAAUUUGAAAACGCAUUUCUACUGCAAAACAGCUGCCCAUAUCUUCGGACUUGCUUACGCUGCACCUCAUUUUUAGCUGUUGCAACUGAGCCAACUGGACAGCAAUGCCUGCUUUCAGGGACAGUCACAGAACUUUAUCUGGUUAAAUGGCUUGCCGAAAUCAUACAGACCUUUUGCUGCAGGGCCAUAUCAUAGUGGUGUGUGAUCCAAAGUAAGCAGUGAAAAGGAAUUGGUGAUUUUGACAGACAGCUACUGAAGAAAAAACAGGAAAUGAAGAAAAUUGUACUUCUAAUUACAGAGCUUGCUGUGAUCUUUUUUAUGAAUGCUAGAGGAUUUUUUCUUCACACUGGACGCCGCAUAUGUGCUCACCAUGUGCAGAAUACAUUUGUCUCCUAUAUGGAGUCUUAUACACAACCUGUUUAUAAGCCAUAUGUCAUGAUGUGCAAAGGACAACGACUCUGCACCACUUACAGAACCAUGUAUAAAACCGUAUACCGUACAGCAUACAAAAUGGUUCCUCAACCAGUAUAUGUUUGCUGUCCUGGGUGGAGAAGGCCUCAUGCAAAUGCAGACAGUUGCACUCAAGCAAUUUGCAUUAUACCCUGUCAGAAUGGAGGGGAGUGUUCUCAGCCAGAUACAUGUGCCUGUUUGCCAGGAUGGAGCGGAAAUUACUGUGAGAAAGAUGUUGAUGAAUGUUAUGGUCAGCAACAUGGAUGUGCACAUCACUGCGUCAACACUGCAGGCAGUUAUCGGUGCGAAUGCCAGAAUGGUUACAAGCUCUCUGAGAAUGGAAAAUCUUGUAAAAUUGUGGAGGAACCCUUGCAAAACAAAACAAAGUCCAGCACAGGGACAGUAACUUCUGAUUUGACAAAAGAAGAACUGCAAGAACUGAAGAACAGAGUAGAUGUGCUAGAACAGAAGCUCCAGCUUGCACUGACUCCAAUCCAAAGCCUGGUCCCAGGUCUGGGUGAUCUGCACACAGCACAAACCAGUUUACUUCAGCACACUAUUCAGCAGCUGGACAGGAUAGACUCUCUCAGUGAACAAAUUUCCUUUCUAGAAGAACGCCUUGAGACAUGUCCAUGCCAGGGGAAGUUGUGAUUACAUCUUCUCUGCAUAAAGAAACAAAUAACUGUGCUAUCUGGAAUGUUUUAAAAGACCCUUUUAAACAGUGUUAUCCCUGCACUGUAACUACAUUACAUUAUCACUGGAGAGGGCUGGCCGGCAUAUCAUCUUGAAGUGAAAAUGAACAUGCUACUACUUCGGCGUUUACCAAGAAAAAACAUGAGGUGAUCGAUAUUCAGAACUGUCAUCAGUAGUUUCAGCAGUGAGAUUAACUGUUUGGCAUAAUGGGAUAAAGGCCUCCAUAUAUAUGCAUUUUGCCUGGUUAUCCAGAUUCCAGAAAAGCUCGGUUCUCAAAGAUAUUUAAAUGGACACUUUAAAGAAUCUUUGUAACUAAUAUUUAUAUCAGUGACAUCUUUUGAGAAUCUGCCUCACAAGCAUGAAAAAUAAUUAUUAAAUCACUUUCAAGUUGCUUUUAUUUUCCCAUACUGCUUCUUCAAGUGAUUUAGAAUGCUAUUUUAUUAACAAAGCUGUUUACAGAAGACAGAUGCAGGACUAAAAACGUGGGGCUGUACAUAUUUUUACUAAGCUGCAUGCAUUACUCCGGCAUAUGGCAAUAGUACCUUCUGCCACCAUCUAGCCAGCACGAAAAAAAAAAAAAAAACUCAGGCUAGAAAGCACAUGACCAGAAGAAAUGUUCUGGAUUUAAAACAAAGCCAUGAGAGGAAAUAUCAUAGGUUCCUGUCUCAGCCAACCUGUUUCAGUUACAGAAGCUUUAGAUGAAAACUUUUGAUGUAUUAACCUUUUCUAAUACUAAUGGAAUAAAUAUACAUUAAAAUGGUGAUGUAAAUUUACAGUUAAAUGUAUGUAAUGCAUUGUUUUUACUACUAAGUUUCAUUUUGAAUAAAAGGAAUAGUCUUUGGUAACUCA